CCCACCGACGCCUUCCGGGGCUGCUACGGCGAAGAGCGCUGGCAGUGGUGCUGGGAGGAUCGGGAUGGGACGGCCGCGGCGCCUUGGUGGUGCGCAACCGCCUCUGGCCAGAGGACGCCCGGCUCUGGCUGGCGGCUGGCGAGGUCUCCUACCAGCGGGGCUCCUCCCAGAG